GUGAUCCUGUGUCCUUGUGCUGUCUUUCAUUUGGUGUUUGCUGCUCCUCUUGUCUUGUCUUUACCCAUCCUUCCAUAUGUGUUGUGUCUAAUUACAAUGUAAAAAAAGAAAAAAACCCCAGAAAUAACAGAAAUUAAGGAUUUAUAAAGGAUGAAGGAUCUAGGUCGCGUGAUUAAGCGGUAACUUGUGGCCUGCCUGCAACAUACAAAACAUUGCUCUAUUCAACUACUGGAGUAGAUUCUGAGUACCGUUCUGCCCUCCACCACUUUGGUAGGAAAAGGGGGAAAAACGGGAAGCCACUGCGGAGAAGUAUGUAGGUGCGCACACAUGCACGCGCGCGCGCGCGCACGCCCGCGCACACGCACACACACACACACACGUACGCACACGCAAACCAAGCGACAUGACAUUCCGCGUUUUCCUGGCGUUUGGCGUCAUUCGCAUGAUAAACUGGCAGCAGCGAUCCAGGUUAUUGUGAAGGUUCACGGGAAGGUGUUGGCACGAGGACAGUACACCUGCUGGAGAGCGCUGGUGGUAAAGGUGCUACAGAGUGAGCGCUUCUCCACACAACAGCACCUCUUUACAUCUUGAUGCCAUGGAGACUGGCGAACCAUCAUUCCUCACCACUGUGGAGUCUGCACACACCACCGCCAAGAAGGAUCUAUGAAACCUGCAUGGAUUUGUGAGAUGUUUUCUCAUUCCUUCCUGACUUUUCUAUGAUGAUAUGAGACGACGGCUAGUGGACAUUUCCCCCGCAUCCUGGGCAUCCCGAAAGGACUGAGAACUCGUCCGCAACAGGACUCAGCCUUCACAGAGGGUGAAGAUGCCUUUUCACCAUGUGCGAGCAGGGCUGCUGUACACAGACAACUUCCUGACCACCUCGCUCUCUGAGAUCAGUGAGGAACAGUUAGCUCACAUCUCCACCGAAGAGCUUGAUGAGAUUCGGGAGGCAUUCCAGGUACUGGACAGGGAUGGGAACGGCUUCAUCUCAAAACAGGAACUGGGCGUGGCCAUGCGCUCACUGGGUUACAUGCCCAGUGAAGUGGAGCUAGCUAUCAUUAUGCAACGUCUGGACAUGGAUGGUGAUGGACAGGUGGAUUUUGACGAGUUUGUGACAAUACUUGGACCUAAGCUCCUCUCAUCUGACACCAGAGAAGGCUUCCUCGGCAGCACGAUAGACAGCAUCUUCUGGCAGUUUGACAUGCAGCAGAUGUCUCUGGAGGAGCUGAAACAAGUCCUGUUCCAUGCCUUUCGGGACCAUCUGACAAUGAAGGACAUUGAAAACAUCAUUGUGAAUGAGGAGGAGAGCCUGAAGGACAGCUCAGGAAACUGCCAGACUGAAUUUGAGGGAGUGCACUCAAAAGGGAAGAAUCGGCAAACGUGCGUCCGCAAGAGCCUCAUCUGUGCUUUCGCCAUGGCCUUCAUCAUCAGCGUCAUGCUCAUUGCGGCCAACCAGAUGUUGCGUAAGGGUAUGGACUAGCUCCGUCCACUGUGACCCCCGAGUGAUAUUACCUCUGCUCCACUUAUCUAGCCAAACAAGACAGUCGGCGAAUAAACUAAACCUGUCGUCGACGUUUAUUGCUUCGUAACUGGGCUUGCAGUGAGCAAGCGUCCCACUGUGCUGAAGACACCAGCCCACUACUCUCUGAAUUUAAUGCACUCUAAAGGCUUCUAUGCAUCCAGCUUUAAAGCAUAUAACAAACUUUCUCAGAAGAACUGGAGCCAACACACGGAUGUAAGAAAAGUCACAAGCGGACAGGAUAAAACACUAAUAACAGUUGUUUACCCUCCCUUUAUCUCUCUGACAGGAAGACACAAGGGCUCCUCUCCGGUGCCCCUAUAAUGCAAUAAGAUUUUGGCCCCUUCUCGUAUUUGUGCGUGUUUCUCUCUCAUCUUCUCACCGACUCCAGACUCCAUCGGAAACAGGAGACGUGAGGAGGACGCCACUCACCAGGAUCUCCCAUCAAGGUCACUUCACUGUCUGUAUUUGAGCAUGUGCAUGUAAACUUGCUUCUGUCCAAAUGAACAGCAUUAGUUUUUUUGCUAUUGAGCGAGCAUUUCCUGAUUAAAAAAUGGAGUCACACAAGCUGUAGCAAAGCACAGUGAUAGACGGAUGAUACCAUAUUUUCCAGAAAAUAAGUUGCUCGAGUUAAAAGGUACGUCUAAUACGGAAAGUGUGGGAUUCAAGUAUAUAUUCUGUUAGUUUUCUGAUGCCUAGCUCUAUAGGUGGUCAAGUUAAUAAAAACGAAAAUCUUUUUUAUUCCCGUGCAGCGCAGUCGUUAGUUGCAUUUAGAUCACCAAAAGCACCAAAGGUUCAACAGGAAACCGUUUUCUCAGACAAAAUGUAUUUUUUCAGUAUCUUUAUAAUCAUGAAGAUUUCAGUCGUACAGGAAACCGUGUUUGACUGACAGGCAGAAAUGCCUCCUGACCGGUUGGACGUUGGUGGUCCACAUCAUCUGAAUUUUCUCUCAGUCAAGUGUUUCUCCUCUGAGAGUAUAUUUAAUUGAAUAUAAGGACAGAUGUCUUAUAAAAUCCCUGAGCCCACCACCUUUAAUGUGAAACAUCCAUCUGCCUGGUGGAGGGCAUUUUAUAGUCUGGAAAAUAUGGUAGAUAUUUUUUGGUAAAACACCCUUUUCCAGUAUCAGUAAAUGGAAAACUAUGUGUAGCUAUAAUACAAUGAAUAGCUAUGUUAGCAGUUGGAACAACGUAAAGACAUAUCAGGGUUAAAGUCAUUCUUUCUGAUCAGUUUCUGAACUGAGUAUGAGGUCUUUUAAAGGUCUGAUCAACAUUUUGUCUGAUUACCAGUACAGUGAUUCACUUCUGCAGAAGUGUCUAAUGACAAAGCUUUUUGGACUUUUUUUGGUCCGUUUUUGAUUACUCCUUCCUUUCAGACUCAGGCACAGUGACUGCAGCAUUUAGGUGCACAUGAAAUAAACUGGUCUGUCUCUUAACCUUGUCUUUUUAUCCUCCUGUUCCUGUAUGUAACCCUUUCUCUGUAGUGCAAAUGCUAUAACUGUUUUAAAUCUAUUUAAAUGUCUGGAUAUUCCUGUUUGCCUGUUCACGCUGUUUACGUGUUAGAGUGUAGCGAUGUCAUGUUUUCUCAUAUAGCACUGCAUGCAUGUCUGUGUAUAUAAUGCGCUAUAGCAGAACUGUCUGUUAGAUGCAUACCUGAAUGUUUAGUCCAUGCAUGUCAGAACCUGUUUCUACACAUACGUGUAAAGGGUUUGCUGGGUUUUAUUUUUUGUUUUCUUUGGAAGCAGUCAGUUGUCUUCCUGUCAUCUGUCAUUUUGGAGAAGAGUUGAUGAGAUAAUUGAAUGAAAUGGGCCAUUAAAUGUGAUUUGGGUAAGGAAUAAAACACAGCAGGUCAUGCUGUUAUAGGGAUAUAAUGAAUGAUGGGGUUGAUUAGAUUGAUUAUCACCCAGAGACUAACACCACCUAAUACAAUUGUAUUUUGUAAUAGACAACACGUGAAUUACACUGUAUUGCCAAAAGUUUUGGGACACCCUUCCAAAUCAUUGAAUUCAGGUGUUCCAAUAACUUCCAUGGACACAGGUGUAUAAAAUCCAUCACCUAGGCAUGCAGACUGCUUCUACACACAUUUGUGAAAGAAUGGGUCGCUCUCAGGAGCUCAGUGAAUUCAAGUGUGGUACCGUGAUAGAUUUCCACCUGUGCAAUAAGUCCAUUCAUGAAAUUUCCUCACUACUAAAUAUUCCACAGUCAGCUGUUAGUGAUAAUAUAACAAAGUGGAAGCAAUUAGGCCACGUAAAAUCACAGAUUGGGGUCAGCGGAUGAUGAGGAGCACAGUGUGCAGAACUUUCAAUAGCUACAGACCUCCGUGGCCUUCAGAUUAUCUCAAGAACAGUGCUUAGACAGCUUCAUGGAAUGGGUUUUCAUGGCCGAGCAGCUGCAUCGUAAAGCUGACCGCCACUGGACUCUAGAGCAGUGGAGACAUGUUCUCUGGGGUGACCAAUCACGCUUCUCUGUCUGGAAAUCUGAUGGAUGAGUCUGGGUUUGGCGGUUAGCAGGAGAACGGUACUCGCCUGACUGCAUUGUGCCAAGUGUAAAGUUUAGUGGAGGGGGGAUUAUGAUUUGGGGUAGUUUUUCAGGGGUUGGGCUCGGCCCCUUAGUUCCAGUGAAAGGAACUCUUAAUGCUUCAGCUUCAUACCAAGACAUUUUGGACAAUUUCAUGCUCUUUGUGGGAACAGUUUGGGGAUGACCCCUUCCUGUUCCAACAUGACUGCACACCAGUGACCAAAGCAAGGUCCAUAAAGACAUGGAUGAGUGAGUUUGGUGUGAAGGAACUUGACUGUCCUGCACAGAGUCCUGACCUCAACCCCAUAGAACACCUUUGGGUGAAUUAGAGUGGAGACUGUGAGCCAGACCUUCUCGUCCAACAUCAGUGCCUGACCUCACAAAUGCACUUCUAGAGAAAUGGUCAAAUAUUCCCAUAAACACACUCCUAAACCUUGUGGAAAGCCUUCCCAGAAGAGUUGAAGCUGUUAUAGCUGCAAAGGGCGGGACAACUCCAUAUUAAAUCCUAUGGAUUAAGGAUGGGGAGUCAAGUUCAUGUGUAUGUAAAGACAGACGUCCAAAAACAUUUGGCAAUACAGUGUAGUUUCUGUUAUAACUUCCCUCACAGUCCUCCCAUUUUUUUCCUUGUUCGUUAAGUUAAUAAAACUAAUGCAACCUGCACCAUAAAGCCCUCCCUCCUUUCUGAAAACAUACAGCUUUACCUCUGACUGUUACAAAGAGCUGACCCUGGAGACUCCUUCCAAAAAUAUUAAAUGAACGUCUCCUCACACACUCCUCAUGUGUUUAUGUGGACUGUCUGCCUUUGCAAGUCCCUGUGUAAAUUGUUACUAUGGAAACAAUAAAGUGUUAGAAAGGAGCGUGGUGAUAUAAACCUGUGACUUGGCUUCGUAAGCCGACGCUAUUGUCAGAGCUGCUGGAGAAAAAAGGAGAAAUUAGAUCAGAGACUGGAGACUGGACGGUGCUGUGGUAUACGCUUAAAAUAAUAAAAUGUUGUGGGGAAAAAAAGGACUGAAUGUCCGAGGCAGGUCUGCAGUGAUGCCAUACAGAGAGAAUCCAGCCAGAGUCAGGAGGCGAUGGCAAAAGAAUUCAAAGGAAACUGCGACAGAAAAUUUAUUAGCAUUCAAAUAUCCGAU